CAUGUGCUCUGUGAUACUUGUUGUUAUAAUGUUUUGCCAUAUUUUCUAUUGAAGAAGCCACGACCAGGGGUAACAACAUCUGCAUUCGUUUCCUAUGAUAUACAAAUAUUAUCCCAAACCUAAAUAUCUCAUAUUGUUAUUGUGUACAGCUGCAAAACUGUAAAUACAGCCCAGCAACGUGGCCAUCUGAUUGAACCAAACGUUGCGCAAGUUUCCAGGAAGGAAUUUACAAUGGCAGCCCAUUUAAAUAAUAUGACUUAAUACACCAUGCUGAUCGAAACGUUUGUGUGAGGUAAAUUGUGUUAAAAAUUGUGUUUUUGAAACCAUAUCAGGGAUUUUUGGGGCUGUAAUCUGCUGGUUCAAUUUGCACUGUCAAAUGGCAUAGCAUUAUCAAAAAUAGCAUACAUUUGGUAACAAAAUAAUGUCUACAGCAAUGACAAGUGUUCCCAAAUCACAAACUGAAGACUUUCAGUCUUUGUCAGACGAUAAAAACUCAGAAACACCUCAUGUUGAAAAUGUAUGGAUGAAGAGGUCGCUUGAAAAACAGUCGUCUUCUACCGAGGUCGCAAACCCUUCAAGUAAUGCCGUAGAAUCUACCGAAGAAGUAAAAUCCCCUGAAAGUGAUAAGCCUAGUGAAAACAAUACGGACUCAGAUUUCACUGAGGUAAAAAACAAAAAAGAGAAAAGGGAAAAAGAUUUAAGAGAGGAAAGACAUAGGGAAGAAAAAUUCAAGCGAACAGAAAAAAGAGAUUUAGAAAGAAAGGAUUCGGAUAAAAGAGAAAAGAAAGAUAUAGAAGAAAAAGAUGAAAAGAAAAAAGAGGAUGCUGUGAAAAAAUUUGACAAUGUUAAUUUUGUAGAAGCACCAUUGCCGAAGACUAAUGCAUGGGGUGUAUCUAAGUCACCGGUGGUCAAAAGUCAAACAACAGAAACAGCGACUCCGAAUAUUGUAAAGGUGGCAGACCCUAAGGUAGUGCCCGCUCCAGAGCUGCGGGAUUCCAACAUUAUUAACAAGCCAGAAAAGGAGCAAGCUAACUUGAGUGAAGAGAUCUGGCCUACAUUGUCAGAAGUUUCUGAAGUUUCCUCUCCGACCCUAAUGAAGCCGAAAACAGGCGGUGUAAAAGCCGCCCCAGCAGUUCCCGCCACUGCACCCAAUGCACCGAGCCCCGUCAUCAGUAACAGUAGCAACAACCAAUCAAAUAGUGACUCUGGUGGUGAUGAUUCAUCAAAAGAGAACAAAGACAAUAACUCAUCAAACGAUGAGGGAAAUAAGACACCAAAAAGGAGAGGCAACAAGCAAAAGUGGGUCCCUAUGAACAUUGACCACAAGACUGGGCGUAAUCGCAGGAGUAGGAGCGCUGGCCGUGCCCCACGGUCCAACCCCGGGGCUGAGAAGGCUGUCGACAGACAGAGGACCGAAAGAAAAAGAUUAGGUUCGGAAUCAGAAAACUGGCGAAGGGACAUGCGACCUCCAAGUCCCCGAGGUGGUCAUGUGCGACGAGGAGGUCGUGGUGCAGGAGGAAUGAGGGGGCGGGGCAGAGGUGGCACCAGGGGUAGGGGAGGUCGGAUUGAUGCUGAGAGUCUCACCGGUCCCAACAUGCAUUAUGCGACAGAGUUCGACCCCAAUGUGUUUGCAAACCCCUCCCAGGGCCAGAUUUUCUUCAGUAUGCCCUUCCUGGAUGAUAAAGCUGUCAAAGACUACGUCAAAAAACAAAUUGAGUACUACUUCAGUGAGGAAAAUCUUCAGCGGGACUUUUUCCUUCGUCGUAAGAUGCAGAAAGGAGGCUGGAUCCCCAUCAGUCUGAUAGCUAGCUUCCACAGAGUACAGGCCCUCACACAGAAUGUGGCUCUAAUUGUUGAGUCAUUAGCAGAGAGUACAAGUCUCGAGAUAUCAAAGGAUCGAACUAGAGUUCGGGGAAAGAAGGAACCGGAAAAAUGGCCGCUGGAAGAAUCUGUGCCAGGCACAUACAUGCCAGGGGCCUCCCAGCUACAACCCAACGUGCCAGAGUUUGUACCAGGAAAGCUGCAUGCUGACGUUCCAGAGUUUGUACCUGGACAGAUGUACUCUUGCCCUGUUCCCCCACACUCAGAAGAGGAGGACCACCGUUCAUCUGGCUCCAGGUCAAUUAAACUAGAGGAUUUUUAUGCCCCAAAACUCUCGUCCAGUGCCCCCGAGUUACAGGGGGAGUGGACGGAGGUCAGGAAACGAGCCAAGGAAAAGAAGGGGGAGAGGAAAAGUAAAGAAAGGGAUCAUGAGGGUGAGGGUGGUGCCCAGCAGGAGGAGCUAGACUUCAUGUUUGACGAGGAGAUGACGUCUCUCGGCGGCAGGCAGAACAAUUUCACAGACUGGUCUGAUGAUGAAGACGAUGACUAUGAAAUACCGGACAGUGAGAUCAACAAGAUUUUGAUAGUCACUCAAACACCACCCGCAUUUCGUAAGCACCCCGGUGGGGAUCGUUCUGGUGGCCACACGCCUCGUUCUAAAAUAACCAACGAGAUGCAUAAGGUCAUAAACGAGGGCCUGUACUACUACGAACAGGAUCUUUGGGACGACAGUGAACUCAUGGUGGGUAUCACUGCGGCGAAAGCCGGGGGUGCCGUCACAGUUGCUCAGAGUGACUUUGAGAAGUUUAAGACAGUCAAUGUGAUAUCAAAGGAAGCGUUUGACCAGAUAGUGCCCCAGGAAGCCAUAGAAGAGCAGGAGGUGCCCCCACCCCCUCCUAUGGUUGAGAGCCCCACAGAAGUAGCCGAGGCGAUGAAGGUGCCAAGCCCUCGGUCGUCUCACACUGCGGAUGAAGUUGCCAAGUCUCUGCCUGCGUACGUUCCCACUACCCCGGGGCGACGAGAACAUGGACCCCGCACACCACGAACACCAAGGGAACGUAAGGACUCGGAGAAGGUCCGCUUCUAUCCCGUCACCAAGGACUCGACGAAACCUCCAGACCCGCAGACACCAAGGAAGCGUAAGACACGUCACAGCAGCAACCCACCAGUUGAGGGUCACGUGGGCUGGGUGAUGGACUUCAAGGAACACCGCCCACAACGCUCCAGAAAUAACUCAGCCUCAUACAAUGAAUGUGAUAUCCCGAUGUCAUCGAGCUACGGUUCGUACGGCUCAUAUGGUUCAUACGGCAGCACGCCACAUGCAUUCCCUAACUUUCAACACCCGUCUCACGAGCUCCUCAGUGAGAACGGUUUCGUCUGGCACGUCUAUCACAAGUACCAUGCGAAGUGUGUCAAGGAUCGUAAGAAGACUGGAGUGGGGCUUUCACAGGAGAUGAACACGCUGUAUCGUUUCUGGUCCUUCUUCCUGCGACAACACUUCAACAAGAAAAUGUACUUGGAGUUCAAGACAAAUGCCGUAGAGGAUUCUGUUGCUGGACACAGAUAUGGAGUGGAAUGUCUGUUUCGAUUCUUCAGCUAUGGUUUAGAAAAGCGAUUUAGGCAUGAUUUAUUUAACGACUUCCAAGAGGAGGUUAUACGAGACUAUGAGGCUGGUCAGUUGUAUGGUUUGGAGAAGUUCUGGGCGUUCCUAAAGUAUUCUCGCAAGCAUGUGGAUGUCGACCCUAAACUGAAGAACUGGCUCAGCAGAUACAAGCGACUAGCAGAUUUCAGGGUGGAUUCUGUAGAGGAAGAGACUCAUGUGAUCCAUCACUCAAGCCUUUCAACAACUGGCCAUAAAGUACGACACAGCUCAGGGCAAGGCCAGGGCCAAUCAAAAACCUCCAGUUCUAAGUCCAGCCAAUCACAUGGGAAAGCAGAUAGCCAAUCACAGCAGUCCUCACAAGGCAAAGGCGCAUCUAGCCAAUCACAGCAGUCCUCACAAGGCAAAGGCGCAUCUAGCCAAUCACAGCAGUCCUCACAAGGCAAAGGCGCAUCUGGCCAAUCACAGCAUGGUUCACAAGGCAAAAGCACCUCUGGCCAAUCACAACAAGGCUCUCAUAGCAAAGCUGCAGACAAUAAAACUAGCCAAUCAGCAUCUGGAAACAAGAGUGGUGAAAGUAAAACUGGUCAUUCCCAUUCAGGGAAAGGAAGAGGUCAUUCAAAUCAAGGUCGAGGUGCUGGAGCACAUCCAAAACCCACAAAUCAGUCUGGGAAGUCGACACAAGAUGCUUCUGCUAGUGCCAGCCAGUCAACGGAUAAAAAAUCGGACUCACAAAGCAAAAGCACAGAAAAACCAUCUGUAAGUAGGCCAGACGUUAAACCAAAAUCUGGCACAGACAAAAAAUGAGUCAACUUUUCUGUCGUCACGUUUUAUUUCUGAUUUAGGGUAAACUGAAAAAAAAUGGAAUAAGAUUGAAAUGGCAGUGUUUUUAAGAAUUGUGAUAAGCUGUUUCCUUUUGAACAUCUUUUAAAAUCUUGACUUUCUUGAGUCUUCCAAAUGUAAGCGUCGAAAAUGCUUUUCUUUUAAGGAGUAGUUCAAAGCCUAUUGAGUUAUUAACCAUUGAAACUUUUGUACUGUAGUUCAGUUUUCAUUUUUGUAUUCUCCUGUGUUCACUUCUGUUUAACAUGUUCAGCUCCAAGUAUUGGCAUUAUCAUGAUUCUUUGAAGAAGAAAAAUCAUAAACAACAGUCAAGUCUAUCAAACACUCGUACUGCCAUUUCAGCUAGCAUCUGAAGUAUAGGAUCCAUUAUCUAAUAUAAGCAAAAAGUUUAAAGACCGAGCUUGUCGUGAAAGAUAUCAGAGGAGAGUGAUUGUGUGAUAAUGAUCUCCAAGUGUAUGGAAAUAGUUUAAUAUUUGGGAAGAUAUGUUGAUCAUUAAUAUUGUGUUUUGCCGAGUCUUUUGACAUUAAGACAAUAUUGGCAAUGUGACAACCAUGUAUUGUAAUAAGGACACGCACACAAGCUACAUACAGUGUGAGGUAUGGUUGUGAAGGAUCGAGUUAUAAACAGGAAAUCAACAUUCAACAGCAUUGUGAAUAUCUGAAAUAUACCUGGUAAUGUAUUAUGAUGAAUGACAACAAACUAUAAGAAAUAUGCUAAAUAUAGAAUGGAAAACCUCUUAAGUAAAAUUGCAAUGCCUUGAUAGACCUUAUAAAAAAUAUUGGAUUUAUGAUAAAUAAUAAAGUUGUAUGCUUUAUGUAAUAAGUGGUUGAUAUUUAUGGGAAAAUGAAUUUUGAAGUCCUGUGAAGGACGCGCUGGUUAUUUUUUUGUAUAUAACAAAAUGAAAAUUCCAUUAAAAAAUACAAAAUGAAAAAAAAAAUGUUUAAAAAAAGGUUUAAACUUUUGUAUUGAAAGAAGAGUCUAAUGCCAUAGUGACUGUGUGUGGUAAUCAGUUCUUUUGUUGUUUCAUCAUUUAAUUAUUAUACUUUAGUUAUAAAAUAAUUGUAUUGUUAUACUACCAAUAAAGUGUAGCUAUCAUAUGCAUUUUAUAUGGCAUUUUAAUGUGUGCUUACAUUAACGUUUUAUGAUCAGUUUUGUUUUCAUGUGUUUUCAUUUGUUACGGAGUGCAAAUAUUUUCUGUGAAAAUUGUAAAUGUUUUACUUUUUCGUGAACCUCUAUUUUGUGUGCUUGAUGCGAUAAAAAAUGUCUUAUAAUGGUUAGAAGUUUGUCAUUUUGAUUGUAAAUGGAAACAUUUUAGGGAAAAAAAAUAAUUUGAAAACCAUAUUUACCCAGUUAUAAGUUGUUACAUUAUUUAGUAUUGAAUGUCAACAAUUUUAUUUAAAUUUAACUUAAAAAUAAUUUGUACGCAUGUUCUUCCGAAGAUGAACUUGUAUUAAGUCUGCGUGGGGUUGCUUUUUGUUUUUGACAGCUAACCAGAAUGCUAUGCAUUUUAUUAUGUAAGAAAGUUCUGUAUUCUUUCAUGGAUGAUCAUCAUAUUAUUGUCUCUUGUUAAAUUUGACAUUGUUGAUAUUUUUGUUUCCUUGUUAUGACACCAGUCUGUAUAUAGACAACUAGUUUCAAACCAAAUACUGUAAUGUAUUAUUAAGUAUAGAUACUGUCGUUCAGGGUUUUGAUAAAGAAAUAUCAUCCAUAGGAAAUUAAGGUGAUGCUAUUCAUGCUUAACAAGAGAAGAAAUAACUGAAAUAAACUCAUGAUAACAAAAAGAAUGCAGUAUUAACCCUUUGCAUGCUGGGUAAAUUGUCGUCUGCUCAAAAAUGUUGUCUGGUUUAUUCCAAAUUUAUUUCAAUUUACUUGAAACUUUGGGGAUAUAUUGACUGAGUGUCAAACAGCUUGGAACCUGACCAGGCGCCGAGUUACUCGGCGUCUGGUCUGGUUCCAAGCUGUUUGCAAAGCCUUUAAAAUCGCCAUCAGCAGUAAUGGGUUAAACUAGAAAUGCAACAUAAUAUCACUGAAUAGUCCAAAUUUUCAUAUGAACAAAUAGCUUUUGAUGAAUUUCUUACUUAUUUGAUAACUGUCAUUUUUGUCAUCUGCCAUAAUAAAUGUUCAGGUGGGUCUUUUCCUUGGUGUUUUUUUCUGAUCAGAACCCUGAACAAUGCUCAACUUAAAUCCAAACUUGAGUUGUUUCACUGCAAAACCUUCAGACGCGGUUUGUUUACAGCACAUAUACUGAUAAGUGUAAACCUUUUCCCUAGUAUAAUACUUGGUUUUACAACAUAAAUAUUGUUAAAUGCCUAUGUAGGAGUCUUGAAAUGGCUUCCACCCAGCUCAUGCAAUGACUUAUACGAUAUUUGUAAAAAUAUAGUGAAUUAGGAAUCAUUUUUUUAUCACAGUACUGUUUGCAAGUAGGCACGUAUUAAAAUAAGCACUUAUUUUUUUUGAUUUUUUUUUUUUGUUAUUCCGAAAUAAACCGCCUUUUCAGAAUUUGUGUCAGUAAGAUUGUUUAUAACACCUACUGGUGUUUGUAUGUGAUUUUUGUUACAGAAGAUAUUUUGAAUCUUUCAAGACUUAGAUUGAUAUAAUAAAUGUUACGAAUAUUAUACUAAAAUAUAGAUAACUGUGUUAGGACAUAUCUAUAAUCAUAGUUUUUAAGUUUUUUUUGUAUGAUUUUUUAAAUGUAACCAAUGCUUUCAGAGCAUAUGAGAUACUUGAUGACUAGACAAUUUUUUUUUAAUGCAUCAUGUUUCCCGGUUCAGCAUUUACGACUGUAUGCACUUUUUAAACGUUUGUAUUUUAUUGAAUCAUCUUUCUUUGGUAAAAGGAAUUCAAUUGUCAUCUGUACAUUAUCAUGCAUUUUGUCAUACUGUUAAUCGUUUUGAUCUUGGCUUCAAUUCCAGUCAAUCAUUCUGCAUAAUUUGCCGUGUUUCAUAAUGUUCUUAUUACCGCUCAUAUGAAUUUUGGACUCUUGUAUAUCAAUGUUCUAUUAAAGGAAUUGUCUGUGCAAUUAUGUAGAUUUUAAUGGUCUUAGCUGCCCCACUGCUUCACUUGUAAAAAAACAACGGAUAUUUAUAUUGUCUAAAUGCUUACAGUGUGUUAGAAAUUGUAAUGUUCAUGAAUAUCGUUUGUUACAAGAUGUGUUUUUCUCUGAUUCAUUCUGUGCUGUGUCCAAACUGCUUUCAACACGCAAAUUAAGUGAUUCAUAAAGUGCAAACCUGACGGCUUUCAACAUUUUAUAAGAAAUUCUGAGUGCUUUUCAUAAAACACCAUCAUAUUGUAUUGUAUUUUUCAUACCGGUCAAGUUUUUCCAGUCAUGAGACCAGUGCUGGAAACUAUGAUCUUCCACCACCAUGUAAGAUGAGUCUCUCGCAACAAAGCACUUGUUUAAAAUAUUUAAAUUUGUAACUUUUAUGCAAUCUAAAAUAUAUGACAUUUCAAAAAAACAGAAUCAAAUACAAUUGUUUAAACUCUGUAAAAAUGCAAUGUUCCUGACAUUUACUGUGAUUUCAAAUUUUUGCUCAUCAUGACUUCAGUAAGCAAUGACGUAGACGCUUUUUGGCAAGUAUACAAAAUCUGUAUUUAUAAUGUCAAAUGUUAUAAUAUUCAAAUAUUAAAGUUAUGCAAGAAAAAGUAUCAAUCCUGUUUUUCUUGCAUGGAUAAAAAAAUGAGCAUUGGGCCUGCAAUGUAACCAGUAAUUCUUAAAGGUUCUUUACCAGCUGUUGCAUGUGCCCUCAGAUAGAUUUUUCCCAUCCACACCAGAAACACAUGAAAGAUACUUAUAUUACGUGAUACUAAUGAGGAACCAAGCAUAUUUUGACUUAUUAAGUAUUUCACUAGGACAAACAUUGGUGCUUCAGUGAUAAGUAGGCUUUAUUGAUGUUGUCAAGGUUUUUAAAGUAUAAAUUUUAUAUAACCUCUUUAAACUGUUGAAAUUUUGUAUGUAGGUAAAGAUCAAUUUAUGAAUGUAGAAUAUCAAGUUGUAUAUAAUAACAAAUCCAUGUCCAUUGGUAAUGGAAAGUAUACUUAUAUGGAAAUAACAGUGUACCAAUUAUGAAAAAUAAUAAUUAAAGUGUAUAUUUGUUUCCCAGAUGAUUUUGCUUCAUGUGUAGGAAUUAGGUCAUUAAAUUUUAAAAAUCA